CCCUCCCUCCCUUCUCCCGUCAUUCUGCACAGACAGCCGAGCUGAACGCAUCAUGUUUACGAGACGCAGUGUAAAGAAAAACACCUCAACACUGGAAUGAUCCGACCCGGUUAUCCUCUGCUGGACCUGGAUCAGGACCUGCGCUAAAAAAAAACCAUCUCAUCCAUCAGCUCUGCGGUGAUUUGAGCGGAGGAUCCUCUUCUGCAGCUCCAGUCUCUCCUCUUCCUGCAGACCCCCCGGUGUGCACAGCCCUCUCAUCACACGGAGAAAACCUUUUUACACUGAAAAAACCCCCAACAAACCGGUUCUGUGGGGCAGCAGUGGGCGCUUAUAUAGAAGCAGGGACGUAAAGAAGAGAAUGGAGGCCCUGCUGCCUUUGCUGAAGAGCCACCCGGGCCCCUCGGUUCUGGUCUGCUCUCUGCUUUUCAGGGUGGCCCACCAGCUGCUGCAGAGGCUGCCUGUCCCUAAGGUGGUGCAGCAGGACGCCUUCCGUUCCUGGAAGUGGAAGAACCUGUCAGUGUCCAUGGUGCACUCCCUGCUCACUGGGACAUGGGCCCUGACCUGUGUGGUGAUCUGGCCUGAGACGCUUAGCAACAUCCAUAAGUUUCACACCCCUUUGUCCUACGUGCUCAUCUGCGUCUCCACAGGAUACUUUGUGCAGGAUGCAGGUGAUAUUAUUCUGACAGGACACGCCAGAGGAUCAUGGGAGUUUUUGCUCCAUCAUGCAAUGGUGAUUUGGUGCUUCCUGUACGCCCUCUACACCGAGCUCUACAUCGCCGGCGCUUUGAUUGCCCUCUUCGUGGAGGUCAACAGCGUCACCCUCCACUUACGGCUGAUGCUGAAGCUGGCUGGAGCCCAGUCUUCCUCCAUGUAUCACAUCAACAAAUUCGCCAACCUCUUCACUUACGUCAUUUUUCGUCUUAGCACCCAGUUCUACCUCACCUGGUACAUCAUUCAAAACUACUCCUGGCUGGAUCACGGUGGUUGCUUCCUUGUCACCAUGAUGGUAAUGAAUAUCAUGAUUGUGAUUUAUUUCUACCGCCUGCUCCGUGCAGACUUCUUCCCCCGAAGCAAGAGCUACGUGGGGCAGAACGGCACACACAACAACAACUCCAAGAAGUUUCUUAGUGACUGAUUUGGAGAGGUUUACAGGACUGCAAUAUGCUUUUAUUUAAGACAAAAUUUCCGGAUUUUGGUGCAUUUUCAUAUUUACAAUUGUUGUGACAAAAGAAUCACUGCCAAAGGAUUAGAUCCCAAAACAAUUAGAGAACCAACACGCAGGUGCUGCUUUCUAAAGUAACAGUAAAGCAGGAACAUCUUUAUGAGAUUUAUCAUUAUUUUAAAGUAAAAGUGACAAACCCUUAAGAUUAAUACAGUCUUAAGAGGAGAUCUUUGAUAUAUUGCAAAAAAUUUGAUCAGUAUCUAUUUUAAUCACUUUUCAACUAAAGGUUAAAAGGUACAUUUGUCAGGAUUGAUGCUUCAGGCUAACGCAAACCCAUCUUAUUGACUUGUCCAUAUGGAGCAUACUACAGUAGCUGACAAACAUGCUGCAGACAUAAAAAAUACAAACUCCUACACAAAAAAAAAAAAACUUAAAGCGCUCUACCAGACCAACAGCUAUGACAUCUGAAGCCUCAGCAUCAGCUGAACGGAAGAAACAAAAUGUACUGUACCUGUGACUGUAAACUUUUACAAUAUAGAACAUCAGCAUAUUCAUGUAGGUAGAAUUAGCCUGCAUGUCUUUACUGAGAGUCACGUCCCAUCAGACUAGGUGGUCGACUCCCUCUAGUGGUCUGGUGCACCUCCGUUAUUUUAGAGAGUUUGUAAGUUUAAAAGCUUGCUGUUUUUAUUUGUACUUUGCAUUUUUAUGACUCUAUUUUUUUUUUUGUGCCUGGAGCGUUUUUGUGCUUGUAUAUUUUGGAUUUAUCAUCGUUCCUACGUCUGCAGCAUGUUUGACCAUUUGUGGUGUGCUCAGUCGGCUCUGUCAUUUGCUGCGCGUUUGCACCACCGUAGCACACUGUAACAUAACUACAUCAUAAAUGACAGUGAGCAGGUAGAAUAGCGAUAACACUGAGUGGGAUGCAACAUUAAGCUUGUAUAAAAGCACUGUGUGCUAAUGGUUGGUAUACUCAUAAAAGAAGGAGGGGGAUCUAAAGAUUGACUAAAAGAUGAUAUUAAGCUGUAAAUAGACUUCGCUCUAUUUUGUUUUCUAAAACAGUGUUUUUUUUCACUGAUGGUAUAUAAAUGGAAUAAAAGACACCUUUAAAGUUAAAGGUGAUGGUGGUGAUAGUUUAACACUGUAAAAUGCAUCUUUUAACAAUGAAAAGAAUGAUGACCAAUUCAUGUCUGUAAGCUAAAUUUGAAGAAAUUGCAAGUGAUUUACCAUUUUUAUAAACACUAAGACAUGAAAAAGCCAAUUUAUAAGUCAGAAAAGGACAAAAAAACAAAAACAAAAGGGACAAUAUGAGAGAUUUAUGGCACAAUGUGUCCUGACAAAGUGUUUGACUGUAUAAAAUGAAGUCUAAACAGUAAAUAUGUUAUAGAAACUUAGUAAAGCAGUGGUACGACAGGGAUUACAAUUUUGAAACAUACAAGUAGUGCUAAAAAACAAACGGAAUCCUAUCCCAUACUUCAAACUUUAUACAGAGAACACAAUAUGAGAGAAUGAAUCUCAGUAGCUACAGGAUUCCGCUAGUUUAAAGAGUUAAUAGUUGAGAAGCAAUCUUUGUUGUUUUUUUAAAGUUUUUUUUAGAGAAAAGUCAAACAAAAGUGACCAAUCUUGUUUGAUUUUCACAAAGUAUUUGUCCCUAGGCUAAAAGUGAGCAAUUCUUCCAUUUAGCCUACAAACAGGAGAAUGGUGCUGAUAUUUUCAGUAAACUCGCAGCAUCAAACUUUUAAGUUCAAGCAAAAAAAUAUGAAAAACAUAAAGAUUACCGGUAUAUGUAAUUAAUAUUUCAGUUUAUCUUCAAAGGUGCUAGGUAGAUUUUCUUAUUUAUCGUAAUGUUGCUAAUGUUUUUAGUCGGGCUGAUUGUUGCUUGCUAAUUUAAAUGAGUUUCUGGAUGUACAUAUAGUAUAGGUACUAAAAUUAUUUAUAAUGUUUAUGUUAUUUGCUUCUGGAAUGCUAACCUUUCCUGGUAAUGUUGAAGUAUAUGUUGGGUAUACUUCAGUACAUGUAUUUAAAAUGGUUAACUGCGUAUUGUCUCUUGUGUUUUGUACAGUAAAUCCAUUUUAGGGUAUGUUGUAAUAUAUUUUACAUCUGCAUUCAAGUCAGUUCAAAAAUAUUUUACAAAGGGAAGUCAAAUGUUUUAACUUAUGGGGCAUGUGCAGAAGUUUUUUUUGUUUGUUUUUGUAGAGGAUUUUGACUAAUGUGGACUUUUGGAACUUUCUAGAUUUGCAUUUUAAUAUUGUGUCAUUGUGAGAACCAAUCUUCUGUCUUUAUGAAGCCAAUUCUUUAUUCAUGGCUGAAGAGAUUGUGGACAUGACAGAGUUGUCCAGAAUACAUUGAUUUGCUAACACAUAGUGGGAUCGUUUGUGGUCCUUUUAUAGCAAAAACUGUUGGUAUCUGACUCCAUUGGAGCUGAAGCUGGAUCUUCCUGCCGUCUGACAGCUGCUCAUGAGGAACCCCAAAUACGCCUUCAAAAAGAGCGACAGCAGCACAAUCGUAUGGUCAGACACUGCGUAUCUUCUGCUGUUUUGGAUAAAUGAUGAUACUUUGGAAAUGAUGAACUCUUAAAGACUGAAUCAGAUUGGAGAAAAAAAAGUCUCUUCUUCCUCUUUCAGACAGAUGUAAAAUAUUUUGUAAAAUGUACAUUCCUUUGGAUAUUUGUUGGUCUUUAUCAUUCCUAACUGACAAGUUUAUUACUCAGACGUGACAUUAGGUCCCCGCCCUCCUGUGGACCUGAAACAUUAACAAGGAACAUCUGAGGAUGUUUGCUCAGCAGGAUCCUGUUGCAUUAGCAAUAGAACCUUUGAUUUAUUUCAAAAAAACAAAAUAAGGUGUUGCAAGUAUUAAACCAGCAGAAUAAAACAGAAUAUAGGAGUGUAAAAUAAUGAGCCCUGUAACUUAUUUUACCAGUCAAUAGUCAUAAUAUUGUGGCUAAUCGAUGUCAACCUCAUUUACUGUUUCAACCAACGCCAAGAACAGACAGCAUAGACCGAGCUGACAUGCAUCUGACCUGUGCUAUAGUGCCUUCAUACCUAAGUGCCUUCUGAAAAAUUAGCAGAAAACACAAUAAAUCAAUAUUGACUGAGUGAAUUGAACCAGAGAGAGUUCCCAUCUACAGCAAACUCUAGUUAAUUUAUUUGAACAUGAGCACAAUAUUGUAAAUGUGUCUUGUAUUGAAGUGAUCUAUAGCGGCCCUGUCUUUUUAAUCACUGAGUGAAUAAAUAAGUGUUUAAAAUCA